AUGCUUGCACGUGCCCCCGGUGCACAUUGCGACGGCGCGGGUGCUGCCGGAGCGGCCCAGGCCGGUGGGCGAGCUGGCGAUCAACCUGCACAAACAGGUGCGGAUCCUCUUGGAGCUGGUCGGCGCGCGCGGUCCGCAGCGGUCGCGGCGCUGGCCCGCGUCCAUGGCUGGCGUGGCCGACGCCGUCGGCAGCAGCCUGGGGGGCCUGUCGUUGGAGGAGCGGCGGAGCAUUCUGGAGACGCUAGACGUGCCCCAGUCGCCUGGAGGUCGUGGCGCGGGUGCUGCAGAGGCGCCUCGACUCCAGGGGCGGCCCCUCAGGCGCCUCGGCGGCCCCGGGCCGCCUGGUGGACGUGGGGGUCGGCGGGGCCGGCGCGGCCCCGGAGGAGGCCUCCGAGCCGGACCGCCUCGCGGAGCUGCUGGACCCUGCGGGCCCUGCAGCCCUCGAGCCCGGAGUGGCCGGGCCUGUGCGCGUACCUCGAGACCCUGGCGAGCCUGCCCUGGUCCCGGAGCUCCGGCGCCGGGCGCGGGCUCGGCCUGCGCGCCGCCCGCGCCGCGCUCGACGAGGACCACUGGGGGCUGGAGGCGGUCAAGAGGCGCAUCCUCGAGUUCCUCGCAGUCCAGAGGCUGCGGGGGAGCGCGAGCGGGCCGAUCCUCUGCCUCCACGGCCCCCCCGGCAUCGGGAAGACCUCGCUGGGGCGGUCGGUGGCGCGCGCGCUGGGCAGGCCGCUCGGCCGCAUCGCCCUGGGCGGCAUGCAGGACGAGGCGGAGUUGCGGGGCCACCGCCGCACCUACACCGGCAGCGCGCCCGGCGCGGUCAUCACGGCCCUGCAGGUCGCCGGCGUGAACGACCCCGUGUUGCUGCUCGACGAGGUGGACAAGCUGGCAAGGGGCGGCCCCUUCAACGCGGAGCCGGUGCUCCUCGAGGUGCUAGAUCCAGAGCAGAAUUGCGCGUUCAGGGACCACUACCUGAACGUGCCGUUCGACCUCUCGCGCGCGCUGUUCCUUUGCACAGCCAACGACACCUCCGCCAUGGACCGGCCGCUCCUGGACCGGCUGGAGCUCCUGGAGCUGCCCGGGUACACGGCGGAGGAGAAGGUGCACGUUGUGCGGAGGCACCUCCUGCCGAAGCUGCUGCGGCUCCACGCCUUGGCGGGCCCGGCGGCCGGGAGUGGCGCCGCCUCCGCUGCGGCACCCCAGGAGGGCGCCGCGCGGCUGCGGCUGACGCCGGAGGCCGUCGACGGCCUCAUCGCCGGCUGGACCCGCGAGGGCGGCGUGCGGUCGUUGGAGCGCGUGCUCGCGCGGGUCUGCCGCUGGGCCGCGCUGCGGCUGCACGGGGUGGAGCCAGGUGCCGGUGGAGCCGCGGCAGAGGAGGCGCUCGCCGCGUGCGGGCCCGACCAGUCGGGCUGCCUCACGGUGGACGCGCCGCACUUGCCGCUCCUCGUCGGGCCCAGCUGGCAGCCGGCUCCCGGCUGCCCCGCCGUGGGCACCGCCGUGGCGCUGGGCCGCGCGGCCGCGGGGGCGCUGCCCUUCCGGGUGGAGGCCGCCCGCUGGGGCGGGGCCGGCAGGGUCACGGUCACCGGGGCCGCCACCGGGGCCGUUGCGGAGAGCGUGGCGGUGGCCGUCUCCGUGGUGCAGGGAUGGUACCGCCCCGCGAACGGCGAGAGCAACGCACCCCGGGCCGUCCGCGAGCACGCGAGCUUCGACGGAAGCCGCGACCCCCUCGGCGAACUGGACGUCCACGUCCACUUCCCCAACGCGGGCCUCCUGAGGGACGGUCCGUCGGUGGGCCUUCCCGUGGCCCUCGCGCUCCUCUCGGUGCUGCUGGACCGCCCGCCGCGGGCGGACGCCGCCUGCGCCGGGGAGGUGGCGCUCCGGGGCAGCCUGUUACCGGUGGACUGCGUCCGCGACAGGGUGUCCGCCGCGCACCGGGCUGGUAUCCAACACGUGGUGCUGCCGAGGGGAAACCGGCGCCACGUGGAGGAGGAUGUGCCGUCGCAGGUGUUGCAGGCCACGCAGGUUCAUUACCCGACCUCCAUUGCGGACGCGGUAGACUGGAUGUUUUUGGGGGAGCAGGUGCCCCGCUGGGACGACCACGCCAGCUCCGCGCGAGAGGAGCCGUGUGGUGGCGUCGUCACCAGAAUUCAAGCAUCGCGCUUGUAG